CAAAGGGGUGGGGCAGUGAAGGGAAGGAGGAGGGAAGUAGGACUUCAACAUGGCGGCUGCGGCACUGGCGGUGGCUACGGUGACGGCCUGGCCCGGAGCAGGCAGAGUUGGAGGUGGUGGCGUUCACUCUCCCUAGGGGCCGUCGGGAGCUCAGCGGAGACCGAGCCUGGGAGGCCGGCCGGUGCCAGCACCUUUCGGCUUCUGAGACGGCGGUAGCAGCGGCAUUCAGGUAUUCUAUUAAAAAUAAAAAACUAAGUUUUGGCCAGGUGCAAUGGCUCACACCUGUAAUCUCAGCACUUUGGGAGGCCGAGGGAAGCUGAACACUUGAGGCCAGGAGUUGGAGACCAGCCUGGCCAACAUCGCAAAACCCUGACUCUACUAAAAAUACAAGCAUUAGCCUGGUGUGAUGGCACAGCCUAUAGUCUCAGCUACUCAGGAGGCUGAGGAGAAGAGUCGCUUGAACCUGGGAGGUGAAGAUUGCAGUGAGCCAAGAUCAUGCCACUAAUUCACUACUAUUUUAAUUAUAAUUUGGGUUCUAAAUGGCUUCUAAGAAGUUGGGUGCAGAUUUUCAUGUAUGACUUCUCUUUGGAAAAGAAAACCAUUGAGUGGGCUGAAGAGAUUAAGAAAAUUGAAGAAGCCGAGCGGGAAGCAGAGUGCAAAAUUGCGGAAGCAGAAGCUAAAGUGAAUUCUAAGAGUGGCCCAGAGGGCGAUAGCAAAAUGAGCUUCUCCAAGACUCUCAGUACAGCCACAAUGCCACCUCCUAUUAACCCCAUCCUCGCCAGCUUGCAGCACAACAGUAUCCUCACACCAACUCGGGUCAGCAGUAGUGCCACGAAACAGAAAGUUCUCAGCCCACCUCACAUAAAGGCAGAUUUCAAUCUUGCUGACUUUGAGUGUGAAGAAGACCCAUUUGAUAAUCUGGAGUUAAAAACUAUUGAUGAGAAGGAAGAGCUGAGAAAUAUUCUGGUAGGAACCACUGGACCCAUUAUGGCUCAGUUAUUGGACAAUAACUUGCCCAGGGGAGGCUCUGGGUCUGUGUUACAGGAUGAGGAGGUCCUGGCAUCCUUGGAACGGGCAACCCUAGAUUUCAAGCCUCUUCAUAAACCCAAUGGCUUUAUAACCUUACCACAGUUGGGCAACUGUGAAAAGAUGUCACUGUCUUCCAAAGUGUCCCUCCCCCCUAUACCUGCAGUAAGCAAUAUCAAAUCCCUGUCUUUCCCCAAACUUGACUCUGAUGACAGCAACCACAAGACAGCCAAGCUGGCGAGCACUUUCCAUAGCACAUCCUGCCUCCGCAAUGGCACGUUCCAGAAUUCCCUAAAGCCUUCCACCCAAAGCAGUGCCAGUGAGCUCAAUGGGCAUCACACUCUUGGGCUUUCAGCUUUGAACUUGGACAGUGGCACAGAGAUGCCAGCCCUGACAUCCUCCCAGAUGCCUUCCCUCUCUGUUUUGUCUGUGUGCACAGAGGAAUCAUCACCUCCAAAUACUGGUCCCACGGUCACCCCUCCUAAUUUCUCAGUGUCACAAGUGCCCAACAUGCCCAGCUGUCCCCAGGCCUAUUCUGAACUGCAGAUGCUGUCCCCCAGCGAGCGGCAGUGUGUGGAGACGGUGGUCAACAUGGGCUACUCGUACGAGUGUGUCCUCCGAGCCAUGAAGAAGAAAGGAGAGAGUAUUGAGCAGAUUCUCGACUAUCUCUUUGCACAUGGACAGCUUUGUGAGAAGGGCUUCGACCCUCUUUUAGUGGAAGAGGCUCUGGAAAUGCACCAGUGUUCAGAAGAAAAGAUGAUGGAGUUUCUUCAGUUAAUGAGCAAAUUUAAGGAGAUGGGCUUUGAGCUGAAAGACAUUAAGGAAGUUUUGCUAUUACACAACAAUGACCAGGACAAUGCUUUGGAAGACCUCAUGGCUCGGGCAGGAGCCAGCUGAGACCAGGCCCUGCCUAGGCCCUGCCGCAGAACCACCAUCCCUGGGAGGCCCUGCAGAGCCCACCUGUGGGGAAAGAGAAGGGGCAGCUUCCGGAUUUUCUUUUGGGGGUUAGAAGGUCAGGUGUGGAGACUGCUCGCGAGUCUCUGUGAGCCUAGGCCCUGAGCUGGGGAGGUGGGGAAGAUUCGGGCAUGUGAGUGCCCCCAGAACUGUCCUGGCUCCUUCCGUAUUAAACGCAUUUGCAUUUUGAGAAGUGUCCUUCCCACCUCAGCCCUCCGGAGAGACUACCCUAGUCUUUCUGGGGUGUUUAUGUCCUCAGCUGAAGCCUGGCCUAGUUGCUGAGGGGCUGGGGAGAUGGGGCGGGAGGGCCAGACUCAGUGCUGCUGUGGAGCCAGGUGCUUCCCCCUUCCCCCGAGACUGGUGGACUGAACUCCAGUCAAGUUGAGUUCAAGUGAAAGAUUCUUCCAGGGUUUUAUUUUUUCCCCUCCUAACAAAGUCUCAUAGUGUUAACACUGGUUCUGCAAUGUCUCUGAGGUGCAAAGAAUGCACUUUUCCCUAUGGGGCCCAGAGUUUGCCUUUUCUGCCAGGCAGUCACCAUGCUUCCCUACCCCAGCCUGUUUCUUUUGGCUUGGUUUGGACCACAGUCCUCUGCUACCCAGGGUUUUAGAGCCCCUGCUCUAGGAAACAGUUAGUUUAAGAAAUCAUUGGCCCCUUCCCAGCACAUUGAAUGAGUGAGCAGACAGGCCAUGAUUUAGCUGGCCAGCACUAACUCCACCUCUGUUCUCCUUGAACAGCUUCCCCUCCAGCCCACUGCUUUAGGAUGACACAAUGAAUAACACCUAGUCAUAGAAAUCAGUCUCUCUGGUUUGUUUUGUAUUAUGUUGUACAUCAUUAAAGAUCUAAAUACAAAGGAUAUACAGUCUUGAAUCUACAAUAAUUUGCUAACUAUUUUGAUUCUUCAGAGAGAACUACUAAUAAAAAUCUAAAAGGUA